GCAACCAAGCACGUGCAGCAUGGAGCGGCGCAGCGCAUAGUGCGAACAACAGCCGCGACCAUGGCCCACGAUGCCCCCACACCGCCGCCGCUGCCCGUUGCCCAGGGCGGCUCCUCAUCCCUCUCCUUCACCCAGGGCUUCCUGCUCGGCCAGCUGUCCAUUGCACUGCUGAUCUUCUUCUUUAUCAAGUUCUUCAUCUUUGGAGAGCCGCCUUCGGCCGACGACCGCGCACUGCACCUCAACUCGCUGCGCCGCGCCCGCACACUAGCUCACCAGCAGUCGUACAAACAGCUGCGGGCGGGCGCAAACUCGACGUCCCUGUCCCUCCGGCACAAGCCGUCGCGGAGCAUAAUACGAAAGGGCGAAGAGAGCCUGGGCGGGCCGAGCAUAGCCACGAUACUGGCCAAGACGUACUACAAUGUCAAGGGCCACCAGCCAGAGAGCCUCGACUGGUUCAACGUGCUCAUUGCCCAGACGAUUGCCCAGCUGAGAGCCGAUGCGCGGCAGGACGACGCGAUUCUGACGUCGUUGACCGAGGUCUUGAAUGCCGGCAGCAAGCCUGACUGGAUUGGCGACAUCAGAGUAACCGAGAUCGCGUUGGGCGAUGAAUUUCCCAUAUUCAGCAACUGCAGAGUCAUGCCUGCCGAGGACGCCUUCUGGUACGGGCCAAGCAGCACGGCGAAUGAGAAAGAGAGACUUCAAGCUCGGAUGGAUGUGGAUCUGAGCGAUGUCAUCACCAUUGGCAUAGAGACGACGCUGAACCUGAACUGGCCCAAGCCAAAGUCGGCCGUCCUACCAGUGGCGCUUGCCGUCAGUAUCCUGCGCUUCUCAGGAACACUGGCCGUGUCCUUUAUACCCUCAUCAUCACCUCCGUCCACGCCCACACCUGCAACAUCGUCCAAGACAGAAGCACAUCGAGGCUCUUCUCCAAGCCGCCCUUCGUCCUCUUCUGGCGCUCCUCCCCACCGCCCCACAACGCUUGCCUUUACCUUUCUCGACGAUUACCGGCUCGAUCUUUCCAUCGGCUCUCUUGUCGGUUCGAGAUCCCGUUUACAAGACGUACCCAAGAUUGCACAGCUCAUCGAGUCGCGCGUGCAUGCGUGGUUCGACGAGCGCGCCGUCGAACCCCGUUUCCAGCAAAUUGUCCUCCCGUCGCUCUGGCCACGCAAACACAACACCAGAGGCGGAACCACGACGCAAGACACAGACGUAGCGCUUCAAGAUGACGGCGACGACGACGACGAAAUCGCCGUCAUGGACGGCAACGGGACAGCCCCAGGAUCUACAGCGUACAUCCCAAGUCCGAUUGCGGAAACUGCAACGCUAGAAGAACGCAUCGAAGCAGAGGGCCAGAAGAUGCGCGAAGCAGAAAUCCGGGCUGGUGUCCGCAAACCGGGCGCUUCUGCCGAGGACCGCAACCGAAGCAGAGACCACCGUACAGACGGCAUGCGCUGGCGGGGCGAGCAAAGAGGAAGGCAGCCUGCUCCCAGUAGACCAAAAAUGCAGAGUAGGACCACGACAGGUAUUGCUGCAGGCAUGCCGGGCGCUUUACCCCGAUGAUGAUGACGACGACGAUGAUGAUGAUGAGAAAAUAGUUCGAAGCAAAACUUGGGAAUAUGGCAACGACGACACGACUAGAUGUGCCCUGUAACAGUAGGUGAUGCGGCGAUGCGGCGUAAUAUGCGAUUUGUGAUUGAUCAAGGAGAGAGAGAAAAAAAAGCCAUGUACGCAGAUUGGGGACCCUUCUAGACGAAGCACCCAUGCAUAGACACAUAGACAUCAUUCAAACAUGAGACGCAAUCUAGUUGGAGG